AUGGCAAGUUCUGCAGACCACCCUGGACUUGUCAAAUGGUACAACGUGAAGGCAGGAUACGGGUUUAUCCAAGACCUUAGAACAGGAAAAGAUGUAUUCUGCCAUGCAUCUGGCCUCACUCGGUCUCUUAAGGACCGGCCUCUCAGAGAAGGAGACCAAGUUCUUCUCGCCAUCAGGGAGGGGAAAAAGGGACCAGAGGCAAGGGAGGUGGUGCCCGUCAGCUCUCAUGCUGACCCCGUCAUGAGCAGCCAGCACACACCACGCAAGCCACAGAGAGAGGAGGACAUACAGGCAAAAGUGUUAGCCUGUAUUUUUAUGGCCAAGGCCUUAGCAGGAUCGGACCACCGCCGCCUGCAGUAG